GCACCAUGUCGAAGGUUUCCUUUAAGAUCACGCUGACGUCGGACCCGCAGCUGCCGUACAAAGUACUCAGUGUUCCCGAAAGUACACCUUUUACAGCAGUCUUAAAGUUUGCAGCAGAAGAAUUUAAAGUUCCUGCAGCAACAGGUGCAGUUAUUACCAAUGAUGGAGUAGGAAUAAAUCCUGCACAGACUGCUGGAAAUGUUUUUCUAAAGCACGGUUCAGAACUGCGAAUAGUUCCUAGAGAUUGUGUUGGAAGUUGUUAA